ACGCGAAUAAAGGCCAAUAUAAAAGAGACAGAACUUUUCCCGUAAGCGUGAAAUUCAAUGAAUUUUCUCUCAUUUUUCAUGAUUUAGCAGUGGUGAGUGCACGUAAUUACAUGUGGCAGUGAUAAGGAAACUCCUGGACAGUGUUGUGCGCAAAAAUUGCCAAUCAGCUGGAAGUGAGAGAGCAAACAUUUUCUGGAUUACCUGCCACACAAAACAGCAAUGUCGGUCAAUCGAGGGUACGAGGAGGACAAUCAGAAGGAGGUGGAUAUCAUUGAGCCGAAGAGGAAUCAAGGAAACCACAGUGAUUCAGACCCUCCGGACGAGGGUACUCUCCUAUCCGGCAUUCAGACGUACUUCUCCGAUGAGAAAGUGCUCAUCCCACAAAUUGAGAAGGAUGGUUUCAGCUUCCGGAAAUUGUGGGCUUUCACGGGACCAGGAUUUCUCAUGUCAAUAGCAUAUCUAGAUCCAGGGAACAUUGAAUCGGAUUUGCAAAGCGGUGUUGUGGCUCAAUACAGAUUGCUGUGGGUUCUUCUAAGUGCCACGAUUUUAGGUUUAGUGAUGCAGCGGCUGUCGGCGAGGUUGGGUGUCGUCACGGGGCAUCAUUUGGCUGAAAUGUGCUACAGACAAUACAAGCGGGCGCCUAGGAUAGUACUCUGGCUCAUGGUGGAGACAGCAAUUAUUGGGAGUGAUAUUCAGGAGGUGAUAGGGACGGCUAUUGCCAUUUAUCUCUUGUCGAACAAAGUUGUUCCACUGUGGGCUGGAACUCUCAUCACAAUCCUGGAUACAUUUACAUUUCUCUUCCUCGACAAGUAUGGCCUGAGAAAAUUGGAAUUCCUCUUUGGGCUUCUAAUCUCCGUCAUGGCUUUUACAUUUGGGUACGAGUACGUGGUAUCAGCACCCCCACAAGAUGCUGUUAUGAAGGGAAUGUUUAUACCGUGGUGUGAAGGCUGUGACUCGCGGACGCUUCUUCAAGCUGUUGGAAUUGUUGGGGCUGUUAUCAUGCCACACAAUCUCUAUCUCCAUUCAGCACUAGUCAAGUCGAGGGAUGUUGAUAGGCGCAAAUCAUCAAAUGUCCGUGAAGCGAAUUUCUACUUUUUCAUCGAAGCCUCUAUUGCUCUGUUUGUCUCAUUCAUUAUCAACGUAUUUGUCGUGGCUGUUUUUGCACAUGGUCUCUAUGGGAAAACAAAUAACGAUGUGUUGGAAACGUGUCAAAAUUCAACGGUCUACAGUGACAUUGUGUCCGUCUUUCCGAGUGAUAAUGAACACGUGGAAGCAGAUCUGUACAAGGGUGGCCUGUUCCUGGGAUGUACCUUCGGUAUUGCCGCCAUGUACAUCUGGGCCGUGGGUAUUCUGGCUGCUGGUCAGAGUUCCACAAUGACGGGCACGUACGCGGGGCAGUUUGUAAUGGAGGGCUUCCUGAAUCUACAAUGGGCACGCUGGAAGCGAGUCUUGGUUACGCGAAUGAUUGCAAUUGUCCCAACAUUCUGUGUUGCCUUCUUCAGUCGCAUUGAGGACUUAACGGGGAUGAAUGAUAUCCUCAAUGCUGUGAUGGCGCUGCAAUUACCCUUCGCAACAAUUCCCACCAUUGCCUUUACAUCCAAUCCCAACAUUAUGGGGGAGUUUGUCAACGGAAUUGGCAACAAAAUCGUUUCAAUUCUGCUGAGUAUUCUAGUCAUUGCCAUCAAUAUAUUCUUCGUUAUCGAUCAAGUGAACCAUUCCAAUCUCCAUUCUGGCUGGAUGGUACUUAUUGUUUUAUUCGGGAUUGCAUAUAUCUGCUUCAAUAUCUACCUUGUUAUUCACAUGGCUGUUAAUAUGGGAAGUGAACGACUAGCAGAAAUGCCGUUCGUUCAAAAGUACGUGACCCACACGAGCAAUAAUUUGGGCUUUGGACCCCAUCGAAAUACAUAUGCAAGUACAACAGCAAUCAUAUCUGAUGGAAGAUAUUGAUCAUCCUUUGAUCAAAGAAUUAAUGAAAAUGUAGAAUCUUCUAUUUCUUCUUCUCCUUUUUUCUGAUUCUUCAUUUCUUUUAGUGGAACGAUGCCGGGGUGGGGUGGUUUUAAUUCUAAUUAGAAACGGAUAAAUAGAAUAGAAUAAGAAAGUUUGCGAAUUAGGAAUUUAAAAGAAAUUAGACAUACAACGAAUAAAGUUGGUAGGAAGAAAAAUCAAAGAAUUCUUUGACCAUUGACUAAUUGGGCAAAAUUUGCAACAACUUUUUUUUCCUUUAUUUUCUAUCAGGCCAUUCACUAUGUUUUGCAUUUCUCUGCUUUUUUUUCUACGUGUCUCACAUUGCGCAGAAAGAAGAUUUUUGCAAGCUUUUUGGCUUUUAUAUAAUUUGCAUACAUAUGCUGUCGUACAAUGCGAUUAAAUAAUCUCUCUUGUAUAUGCUAAAGUCCCCUUACUAACAAUUGGACCUUUUUUUCUUUCUUUUUCUCUCUCUUUUCAUACUAACUUCCCAUAAUGUUACCUACUACCACAACACAUGAAUCAACAUGCAAAAAUUUUUGAUCUUUUUUAACUAACAAUUUGGGUCAUUUGCACUUUCUGGGCGACACGCAACAAACAACAACAAAAAUCUCCAACAAUCAACAAUUUUUGGCACAUUUAACAACGCUCGCACUACAUUCUGUUUUGGAUCACAAAAUGCGUAAAACUUUUCAUUUGAAAAAAAAAAAAAACACCAACAAAUAACAUUUGAAUGCAUAAAAGUUUGCGUAGCUAUCCAUCGUAUGGUUUGAAUCAAAUUUACCACGCUGCGUGAUUUGUAAGUAUCUCAUUUUAGAAGAAAAGAGUUUGGACGAAGAAGUAAAAACAGAAACGUGUGUAGGGCAUUAUUUGUAACAAAAUAACUAAUAUUUGGGUUUGAUUGUCUUCCUUUUUUUCUCUCCUUUCAUUCACCGUAGAAUUGAAUCAUUUUUUGUUUGAUUUUUUUUUAAAACCUUUAAAAAGUAUUUUUCUUUUUGAUUUUUUCCUUCUAAUUCUCUCACACACCUUUUCUAUACCUGACUCUCUUUUAUGUCUCUUUUGUGGUUUUUUGUGUUUUACAUUUUUUAUUAACUCAACACUUAGGAAAAAAACAUAAAAAAUAAUUGUGUAAAUUUAUUUUAAAUCCCUCCCAGUAUAUUCUCCAUUUACGACAUUGGAAUGUAUCGAAGAACACAAAAUACUACGCAGCCAUCUCAUUGACAUGCGCAUCCGAAUGAGUCUUUUCUGUGUAAAUUAAUUUUUAGUGGUAACUACUAAACAAACAAAUCCAAUGAGCUUUCGUGGCUAAUCAGAGAUAAGCUCAUCCCUCAACAAUGUGCCUUUUCUCACAAAGAGAAAAUCAUUAUUUUAAUCUCAAUUUUAGUUAGGAAUUUAAUGAAAAAAAAAUUAAGAAUUUAUGUGUUGCAAAAGAAGUGUUUUAAAUCACAUGAGUUGGUGUUCAUUUUAUACUCAAAAAAAUGCAAAGAGUGAUUUACAGAUCCUUGCUGGAAAUAAUUCAAUUGAAAUUUGAAGUAAAUUAUACUUUGAACACUCUAUCUACUAAGGGGUGUGUGGAUGUCCAAAAAUAAUAUUUGACUUGAAUCGAAAAUAGAUAAAGAAGGUUUUUGUGAUUCUUAAAGUAUUUGGCCUUAAAUUGAAUUAUUAGUUUCAUUUUAACUUUUUAUUUUAUUAUGAAAACUCUAUUAAGACUUAGGAGAAACUCAGAUUUAUUAGAAAAUUUUAAAAAAAAUCCCGAUUUAUUCUAAAUUUCAAUGAAAUCCAAGAAAUAUAUAUAUUUUUUAAUAUUUCUUUUGUUGUUGAAAAUUAAAUUUUUGAAUCUGUUAAAAAUUCUUUUUGCAAAUGACCUUAACUGUAUUAAGCUUUAACCUCUGUUAUUGACCUUUUCCGUUGUUUUAAAUAAAAAAAGAUUUCUCUAAGGACUGUUAAGAUGAUUUAAUAAUAUAAUUUAAAUAUUAUUUUAUUAUUUUAUAAAUAAAAAUCAGUCUCAAAAACUUGAUUGGAAACUAGAAAUUCUAUUCUUAAAUCGAUUAAAUUCAUUCGUUUUCAUAUUUUAAAUCCCUUUGGUCAAGAUUCUAAAAAUAUAAUCUUCAAAAUUCAAUUUCUUUAUUCAUCGGAAGGAUCUGUAUAGUGAUUAAAAGUGAGCUUGUUUUCUCAGUUUUAUAGGAUUGUAUUAAAUUGUUAUUAAUGUGUUGUUAAAAGGAAUUUUGCAGUGUUGUGUUUUUAAUUAAUAAUUUUUUUAAGAAGUAAAAUUAAUAAGAAAAGUUGGAAGUUUUAUUAAAUUGAUCAUUGCCUUGUCUGAAAAAAUUAGAGCCUCUUGAUUUUCUAUAUUAAUCACUAAUAUUAGAAACUAUUACUUGCCUAAUGCAAAAUUCUUGUGAUAAUUUCCUAAUUAAGCCAGGGAUAGACAGCACUGCAAAAUUAAUUAAUAAAACUUAAGAGAAAAUUCUAAUAAUUGACUUUUAACAUUGCAAUGAAUUCUAAAAAAGGUUUUCUGUUUUUAUUCAAAAUUAAAAGGAAAACAUUUCAUUAAAUAUUUUUUAUGCAUGAUUAGCUCCUCAAGAAGCUUUUACACACACAUAGGUACCUACAUAAAUAACUCUUUAUUCAGAAUAAAAUACAAAUCAUGGAAAAUUUAACCACAAAUGAGACAGAAAAUAACAUUUAAAUUGGAAAAUAAAAGAGAAACAUUUCGCCAAUUAUCUGAAGAAUCACUUUCUCCAUUCACGUAAUAUUAUAUAAAUUUUCUUCGCAUCUAAUUCGGGCAUUUUUGCGGGUAAAUUUGUUCGGAGGGAAAAGAAAGGCUGACAAGAAGACAAAAAGAGGAAAGGAAAAACACAGAAAGAGAUAUUUUUAGAGUAUAUAAUAAUGGAAAAAAUUAAGCGUAAAAAUUACUUAAACAACACGUUUUUUUCUACCAAAUGAGAGAGAAAAAAUAGGAAGACAAAAUGUGAGGAAAAAUGCCAAAAUUUUGUACAAAAAAAGAAAAACAGAAAAUUGUGCGACCAGAAAGUUCAAGAUGCAUUUUAUUUAGCUAAAUUUUUAAUUAUUUUUUCUUAUUUUUUUGUUGUUUUAUUGCAUUGAGGAAUUAUUAAUAUAAUUUUUGUUGUAAAUAAAUCGUGUAAAUAUCUACUAUAUUAGUAUAGAGAGAUUAGCUCUCAUUUAUUAUUAUAUACACUCUGUACAUUUUUAGGGAGACACAAGAGAAAAAAAAAAUACAUAAAAAACCAUUUAUACGAUGAAGAA